GUUUGACCUCCAGACGAUGAGGAAGGUGUUGUGAUAAAAUUUUGAGGUGAAGAGAAACAGUUGUUAAAUAUAUCUCGACUAUUUUUGAGUACCGUACGUAAAGUGAUGGAGUGUACAUUGUCACUAUGGUUAGUGGCAUCAUAAGAGACAAUCACGAGGGAAGUGUCUGAAUUGUCAACUACCUGAGUGUGAAAUACAACAAUGGGUGGAGCUAGUUGAUGAUAAGUGUGAUAGAUAGAAUAAGAGACUAGGAUGUAAAGAAGAAAUGGAUAAUUCGAGGCCCAAGUCUUGUAACCCCGGUAUCCAGGGGUAACGUCCCCACCCACCACCGCCCUGCCCGAGCUCCCACACCUCCCCCUUCCCCACCCUCCCCACACGUCCACCUUCAAGAUGGUGACGCGGGCGGGGAAGCAGAGGGAACUUUCCUCCACCUACCAGAGUUUCGCAGACACGGGACCAACCUACUCCUAUUUAGACCUGAGCCGCGCCCGGAGUGAUGAGUCGCUGAUGUGGGCGGCGGGGGAGGAGGCAGCCGCCCUGGUGGCAGAGCUGAGAGCCUCCUUGGCCGCGCCCCUCAUGCGUCCUGAGGACGAAGAGGAGUAUAUGGAGGAAGAAGAUCUGGACAUCUCGGUGGCCCUGGGGAGGUCCACCAUGGGGAGGGCGUCUCUGGACAGAUCAUCCCUGGGGAAGUCGUCCAUCUACAGUGCUGGGGGUCGUUCCCUCUCCUUCACUGACCUCCACUCUGCCGCAACUUCAGCCGAGGACUUGCGAAUUUUCUGCUUCCACCCGUCGCGCCUCCCCUGCAGCGCCCACUGCAGCCCCUCCCCACACUCCUCCUCCUCCUCCUCCUCCUCGGCGUCUUCUACUGCCUCCUCCCGCAGCGCCGCCUCCACCUGCAGCAGCGGCGCCAACAUUAUAGGGAGUGGAGGCAUCAGACGGCCUAACAUGCGCACCUUCGGCGGCAGCUGGCGCUCACUGCUCAAGUUGGGCGGGAUGAGUGGGCGUGGUAAGCCGACGGCGGCGGUGAAGGUAUCGCCUCCUACAGUGCCGGACUCUGCUGGGGGCGUCACUCACCGUCACUCAGGCUCCUCCUUCAGCUCUGGGGUCUACAGUGCCGGCGACCAGCGCUCCUCCUACUCCUCCUCCGUUAGUGAUGACAACCCACCACCCUCCCCCCGCAGCCCCGCCAGGGGUACGUACCAUACUAUUAUACCAGGUACGUACCAUAUUACCAAUGUACCCCUCAAAAGGUACACAUGCCAUAUUACUAUUGUAUCUUUGUCACGCCAGAGGUACGUACCGUGUUAGUACCGCAUCACUAUACAGGUUUAGCCUAUAGACGAACGGUACAUGAGUGUCUCCUGCGGUACACCGUGAGUUACAUAAGAACAUAAGAAAAU